AGGGGGUGAAAUCAAAUGUUCACUCUGUAUUUCAUUCCAUAAAAUAGCUCAUAAUUAUAAUUAUCCACCUUGUUGUGCAGCUCAGAAUAAAAGUGGCGUAGCACCAAACCCUACCCAAGCAGCCGCUGUGAUUAGAAAGUACUCCACACCUUGGAGAACUGAGGAGACAUGAGCAUAAUUUCAAAUGCAAAUUAAAUUGAGGGGGUAGUGGAGAGAACACAUGAAAGACAGUAAAACAAAACCUUUCAAUUUUCUUAAAUUAGCAGUCUAAUGUGUUCUAAAGAGCAGCUCCUCUCAGAUCUCUUCUUAGGGGUUGCAUUUCAUCACAAUAUAAAAUGGGCAAAUCCAUCACUUUCCUCUGCUCUGUGCUCUUGAAUUGAGAUUGAAGGGAAAAUUAGAAGCUGUUCAUCUGGGCUUGCAGGCUCAGCAGCAUUGCACAGGUCUGUUUAAUGCUCUGCGAUGCCCUGUUGAAAGGGGCCGACACAUGCUGUGGAGGAUACAAAGAGGCUGAGGCUGGCGUCACCUUCUGUUGCUAAGGCAUACAAGUGACUAUUUUGUCUUAAAAGUCUGCUUUUGGAACAUCAAGGAUGGAUUAUCCCAAAAUGGAUUAUUUUCUGGAUGUCGAGUCUGCUCAUAGACUCUUGGAUGUUGAGUCGGCUCAAAGAUUCUUCUACAGUCAAGGAGCUCAAGCUCGCCGGGCGACCCUGCUCCUGCCUCCCACAUUAAUGGCGGCAUCUUCUGAGGACGAUAUAGACCGGCGGCCCAUCCGAAGAGUUCGCUCCAAGAGCGACACGCCGUACCUCGCCGAGGCCAGGAUCUCCUUCAACCUCGGGGCAGCCGAGGAAGUGGAGAGGCUGGCGGCAAUGCGUUCUGACUCCCUCGUCCCAGGCACCCACACGCCACCCAUCCGGAGAAGAAGUAAGUUUGCCAACCUGGGAAGGAUUUUCAAGCCUUGGAAAUGGAGAAAGAAGAAAAGCGAGAAGUUCAAACACACAUCUGCAGCCCUGGAGAGGAAAAUAUCGAUGAGGCAAAGCAGAGAGGAGCUGAUAAAGCGAGGGGUCUUGAAGGAAAUCUAUGAUAAAGACGGGGAGCUCUCCAUCUCAAAUGAAGACGAUUCCCUGGAAAACGGACAGUCCCUGAGCUCCAGCCAGCUGUCCCUGCCUGCCCUGUCCGAAAUGGAGCCAGUCCCAAUGCCCAGGGAUCCCUGCUCGUACGAGGUGCUCCAACCAUCAGACAUCAUGGAUGGGACAGUGUCUGAAGAGAGUCCCUGUGCCAGUGAGUCUGGGGUCCUCCUGUCCCAAGAUCCUUCAGCCAAACCAGUCCUGCUACUGCCCCCCAAAAAACCUGCUGCUUUCUCUGGAGACCAUGAAGAGACCCCAGUGAAGCAGCUGUCCCUUCUCAAGCAACCCCCUGCCCUGCCUCCCAAACCCACUGCCAGGAUUGCCAACCAUUUAACAGAUCCUGGUGCCCCUGUGAAAUUGCCUUGUCUGCCAGUGAAACUGUCGCCUCCGCUACCUCCAAAGAAAGUCAUGAUCUGUAUGCCUGUAGGGGGGCCAGACCUCUCCCUGGCAUCCUACGCAGCCCAGAAGAGCAGCCAGCAGGCCGGGACGCAGCACCACCACACAGUCCUGCCGUCCCAGAUCCAGCACCAGCUGCAGUAUGGCGGCCUCGGCCAGCACCUCCCCUCCACCACCGGCUCCCUCCCCAUGCACCCCUCCGGCUGCAGGAUGAUCGAGGAGCUGAACAAAACGCUGGCCAUGACCAUGCAGAGGCUGGAAAGCUCUGAGCAGCGGGUCCCCUGUUCCACAUCUUACCACAGCUCUGGUUUGCACUCGGGGGACGGUGUCACGAAAGCAGGACCUCUGGGCCUACCAGAAAUAAGACAAGUGCCAACUGUUGUGAUUGAAUGUGAUGACAAUAAAGAAAAUGUGCCUCAUGAAUCAGACUAUGAAGACUCUUCUUGCCUAUACACGAGAGAAGAGGACGAGGAGGACGAGGAGGAGGAGGAGGACAGCUCCUUGUACACCAGCUCCCUGGCCAUGAAGGUGUGCAGAAAGGACUCCUUAGCCAUCAAACUCAGCAACAGGCCCUCCAAGCGGGAGCUAGAAGAGAAGAACAUCCUUCCCAGGCAGACGGAUGAAGAGAGACUGGAGCUGAGGCAGCAGAUCGGCACCAAGCUCACCAGGCGGCUGAGCCAGAGGCCGACUGCAGAGGAAUUGGAGCAGAGGAACAUUUUGAAACCUCGGAACGAACAAGAGGAACAAGAGGAGAAAAGGGAGAUCAAGAGGAGGCUAACUCGUAAGCUCAGCCAAAGACCUACGGUGGAAGAGCUUCGGGAAAGGAAGAUCCUUAUCCGCUUCAGUGACUACGUGGAGGUGGCUGAUGCUCAGGACUAUGACCGCAGGGCCGACAAGCCGUGGACCCGCCUCACCGCGGCCGACAAAGCUGCCAUUCGAAAGGAGCUCAAUGAAUUUAAAAGCACUGAGAUGGAAGUUCAUGAGUUGAGUAGACAUUUAACAAGGUUUCACCGACCUUAACAGUCAUGUUAUGCUGUCUUCAAAACAUAAAUUUAUAAGAACCAUAAGUGCUGGUAUUUAUUCACUUCCCCAUUACAAUGUAAAUCUUCUGAACUGCCUUUUUUAAAAAGAAGAAGAAAAAUAAAAGGAAACACAAUCAGGA